GGGGGCGUUCCUGGGCGCUGAGCGGAGCGGAGCUGCGGUGAAGUUGUGGCGGAGUUUGGAAACUGUGUGUGGGAGUUUGAUAGUGACCUAUUCUCCCCUACUCCUUGAUCACCCUCCACAACAAAACUUCACUGGAGGUCCCUAACCUACCUGCUUGAGGAGCGGGAAGAAAGAAAGAAAGAAAGAAAGAGAAAAAGAACAACUUUGUAUAGGAGUGAAUCAUGAAAAGUUUGAAGUCACGGUUGAAGAAACACGAAGUCACCCUCAAUACAUCCGACUGGAGCAAAUAUGAUGAUCGGUUGAUGAAGGCAGUGGAGAAGGGAGAUGUGGAUAAAGUUACAUCAGUUCUUGCCAAAAGAGGAAUAAUCUGCACUAAGUUGGAUGUGGAGGGUCGAUCAGCUUUCCAUGUGGCAGCUGCUAAAGGAGAUGUUCCCUGCAUCAAUGUAAUGUUGUCUCAUGGCGUUGAGGUUGCUGCAAUAGAUGCUGCAGGCCGAAGUGUGUUACAUCUUGCUGCACAGCAUGGGCAGCCACUCUGUUUGCAGCGGUUACUCCAGCAAAAUUGCCCUGUUGACAGUGUAGAUCUUCGUGGUAGAUCUGCCCUUCACAAUGCAGCGGUAGCUGGCUGCCCAGCAUGUGUGAAGCUGCUGCUGGACCAUGAGGCUGCUGUGAACAUCAAGGAUGUGGACGGACAGACCCCUCUCAUGUUGGCCACACAAAAGUGUUAUCCAGAAAUCUGUCGGCUUUUACUGGAGCGAGGAGCAGACGUCAACUCGAGGGAUAAGCAAAACAAGACUGCUUUGAUGAUGGGGUGUGAGACUGGUUGUAAGGAUGCAGUGGAGGUCCUCUUAAAUCGUGGUGCUGAUGUCACUUUGAUGGAUGACUAUGGCCACAAGAGUUUGUAUUACGCGCAACUCUCCAAAGACCCAGAGUUGUUGGCUUUGGCGAGAGCAGCAAUGGAGAAGAAAAUGAAAGCAAGGGAACCGAGCGUGAAAUCACAACAGGUGUCUCAGGGUCCUGAACUGUCACAGAAAAUAGAUCAAAGGCAUUUUCAAACUGAAACACAGACAGCACAGAGUCAGAAGGAGCAACGCGUUGUAAAGGAACUUCAGAUUGAAAAUGAGGACCUCAAAGGCAAGUUGAAAAAGCAUCAGCAAGAUCAGAGGCUGUUUCAGGAGAGACUGAGUGGACUUCAGAAGCAACUGAAUCAGGAGUGCAAGGCAGUGGGAGAUCUUCAAAAUGAGAGACAGCAGCUGAAAAACCUGUUGCUGGCACGGGACCGAGAACAGGAAGACAAUAUGAAGGUACUCGAGAGCCUGAGAGCCAAGCUUCGAACAUAUGAGAGUGGGCACUUCUACGAGCAGAUGACUGCAGGCAUCCCAAUGGUAAAGGUGAAAGAAGAAAUGGUUGCAAAGCAGGCUAAUUUUCCUGUCACAGAAUCACAGCAUCCUCUCAAAUCAGCUGUUGGAUCAAGUGAGGUGUUAGCACCGUUUCAGAGCAUGCCCGAGAUAAAUGAGAAUUUGAGGAAGGACUUGGAGAUGACGAGGAAAAGGUUUGAGCUGGCACGGAAGGAGGUAAGCAACCUCCAGCUGGAGUUGUCGAACAGGAAUAAACAUUGCGAAGUCUUAAACGACGAGUGCAACCGUGUGAAGCAGGAAUCGGAAGAGCAGAUAAGGCAGUUGGAGGAUGCCUUAAGCGAAGUACAAAAGCGAAUGUUCGAAUCGGAAGGAAAAGUGAAGCUCCUGCAAGCUCAUGUCAAUGCGCUCAAAGAUCACCUUUCAAAACAAGGUUCAGUGGGAAACAAUCGAGCAGUGGAUGAGCUCAAAACUCAGUUGAAGGAUGUGAAAUCGAAGCAUGAGGAAGCAUUGGCGGAGGUGGAGAGGCUCCAAAACCAAAUAAAACUUGGCGUUUUAUCAAUACAGGAGUCGGGUGAGGUUAAGCAAGUGGACAGAUACAAGGAGGAGGUGAGAGGGAUGAAGGAGGCUUUAACCAUGUCAGAGCAAAAGAAGCUAGAAGCAGAGCGAAAGAUUAUUGGAAUGGAGAAUGAACUGAAGAGCAUGAAAAAGAAGCUAUUGCAGUGCAUACCAGCUGAAGAGUUUGAGAAUAUGAGGAAUUCGUUCAUCAAUGGUUUGGAAGAGAAGGAGAAGCAGGUGGUAGAAGCAAAGGAUAAAUAUGAAAGCGCUCAAAAGGAAGUCGUCCAGCUGCAGAAGGACCUGGAGAGAGAGAGGGCUCAAGUAGCUACAUGUGUGAAGAUUGAACAGUAUCAGUUGUUAAAGAGUUCCUUUGACAAUCAGAGUGAAGAGAUUUCUGAUGUAACCCAAAAGCAACAAAAGCUACAAAAAGAAAAUGAAGCUAUUCAGCAGGAAAAUGUUCACAUCAAAGCUGAACUGGAAGACUUGAAACUCAAAAUUCAAGCGGAGUAUGUACCUUUGAAAACACUCGACUCAUUAAAGUCUUCAAUGAACCAAACAAUUCAAGACCUGAACAAGCAGGUUUCUGAGGUGUCACAAAGGUACAAGGAGGCUUUGAAAGAAUCAGAAAAGUUAAAAGUUGAGAAGAAUGCAAUGAAGGACAAUCUGAAUCAUGUGCAGACUCAGUAUGUGUCCCCAGAAAAGUACAAGGAGGAAAUAACAACACUAAAUUCCAUUGUUAGCAAAUCGAAGACUGAGUUGGAAGAACUCAACCAGAAGUAUAGCCAGGCACAGAGGCAGACAGAAAUUGUAUUGGAAGAAAUUGCGGCCUUGAAAGACUCAUUGAAGAAUCAGUAUGUCCCCUUGGAAAAACAUGAGGAAUUGAAAAAGAUUCUGACUACUGCUUCAGAAAAAGCUGCACAUGAACUGUCAGUGGCAACAAAGCAAUUCAGCGAAGCACAGGAUGAGAUGGCAAGAGGCGAACUAGAGAAAAAUCAGUUGAAAGAACAGCUAGUUAUCCUUCAAGAUCGAAUGCAAAAAGAGUACAUACCCAUUCAGCAGCAUGAAGAGUUGAAGACUAUCCUGAACAGCAGAAUGGAGGAACAGCAGAAGAAAAUUGAUGAGACUUUGUCAAAAUAUAAGAAAGUUCAGGAAGAAACAGUUGAGCUUUGCAAAGAAAAACAGAGCCUUGCGAAUGAGCUUCAUAUGCUACAAGAAUCCCUCCGUUCACAGUAUGUUCCUAUGGAAAAUUAUGAACAGAAGCAAAACGAACUUACUAUCACUUUGAAAGAACUGAUGAAUCAGUUGACAGAAAAGACUCGGCAAUCUUCUACAUUUGAAGAGGAAGCCAAAAGGUACAAGAAAGAGACUGAAGAGCUGAAGAAAACGGUUGGACAUUUGGAAGAAAACUUGGAGAAACAUUAUGUUUCCAAAGAUAUAUAUGAAGAAAUGGAAAGCAAGUUUGUUAAUGGUAUGGGUGAAAAGGAUGAGCAUGUGGAAAAAGUGAUGAGGAAGUACGCAGAUGUUGAGUUGCAAAGUGAAAGAUCACAGAAGGAAAAUGCCAAACUGCAAUCAGAUAUCCUGGCAUUAAAAGAGAGUAUACAGUUAAAGUACAUCCCUGUGGAAGAGUUUGAGGCAAUGAACACUUCACUGAACAGCAGAAUUUUGGAGCUGCAGAAGGAAAAGGAGAAGAUGAAGAAUUCUUGUGCACAGGAGCAGCAAAAGGUAGAAACCUUGUUACUGCAAUUAGACGAUCAGAAGAAGAGUUCUGUACCACUUCUGGAGCAUACAGAAUGGAAAGAAAAGAUGGACACAGAUAUUGCCAGACUGAAGAAGCAGCUGAAUGAGGGAGAAGAGGAAUUGAAGGGAAAAGUUGCAGAGAUUUCCAAACUGCAGGCAGAUACUGAAGCCCUGAGUAGGACAAUUGCAGAACUAAAAGCAAAAGAAGCAAGUGACCUAUCAGAGCAUGAAACGGUGAAGAGUAAGUUAGAGGCUCAGGUAGUUUCAUUAAGUAAAGACUUGGCAGAGUUGAAAGAGAAGGAGGAGCAAAUGUGCACCGAAAUAUUACGUGCCAAAGAGAAAGAACUAUCGGCAAAAGAUGAAAAGGAGACUUUUCAAUCGCGUUCCUUCAGCUUUGAACAAGAAAUUAAAGAGCUUAAAAAUAAAUAUGAUGAAUCCAUAGCAACAAUCUGUGAUCUGCAGAAAAGUAUUCAGGAAUCUGCAAAACAAAUUGAGGCCAAGGAUAACAAGAUCACUGAGCUGUUAAAUGAUGUGGAGAGGCUAAAACAGGCGCUAAAUGGCCUGUCUCAGCUUUCUUACUCUGCCACAAACCCAAAGAGACCAAGCCAACAGAUGGAGGCCCUCCAGACUCAAAUCAAAGAUCUGCAGCAACAGCUGGCUGAUGCUGACAGGCAACACAGAGAGGUCAUUUCAAUCUAUCGAACACACCUGCUCAACGCUGCACAGGGUCACAUGGAUGAAGAUGUACAAGCUGCCUUGUUGCAAAUUAUUCGGAUGCGGCAAGAGUUUGUGUGCUAGCAGAGUUCCUGGAGGCGAAUUAUUUACUAUUGCUGUAUUAAAACUGUAACCAGACUACUCAAAGUUUUGCUGUAGCAUUUAUCCCAGUGGCCUAAAUCCUUCAACAGUAAUACCCACUCCCCUACCUCUGAUAUCUUCCUCUCACCCCCUCUCACUUUUCAUAUAGUCAAAUAAAAAGUAAAGUUAUUUCCAAUUCCCUUGACCUACCUAUUGGUAAUUCCAGGUUUUCAUUUAAACAUGAAAGUGUAAGAAGCAAGUUAGCUCAUUGGAACAUCACAAAAUAAAUUCUGCAGACUGACAAAAAGUUUUUUUCAUCUGAUGUCACCUGUUGGAAUGUAAACAUUCAUCGCCAACCAUGUAGACCUUGUUACAAACUUCUCUACCUGAGAAAUUUGCAACUACAAAGAUAUACUUGUCAUUUCCAACUGAAGGUGUAGCAUCUGUGAUUGGACCAGUAUUGUAUUAUGUUGUGGUAUUUACAGAACUUGUGUGAAAAAUUGCUGCAAAAUUGAACAACCAAUGUUUUGACGGGAAAGAAAAGCACUUCUUGUUUGUUUGAAAAAAGACAAAAGCUGUAACUCCUCUUUGCUUCAGUCUUUGGGUCCAAUGAAUUGUGAAUCCAUAAGAAAGUUUCCACACUUAUAACUAAUUUAAGAAUGUGUACCUUUGUUUUUGUUUAAAACAUCUACUCCAAAACUGCAGCGGCAGCAGCACAACAAGAAUGUGCUUUUUGUGUUUUAUGAGCCAUCAGUACUGAUGACUUAUUCCAAGGUCUUUUGACCUGCCAGUGCAGACUGACCCUUGACAUCUAUGUUGAAGAAUGGAGGGACAUAGUUGCCACCUUUUUUGUUUUGAGAAUUGGUUUUCUGGAUAAUUUAGUUUGCUCUUCAAAAAAUCCACCUCAACUUUCCCCAAUUUUGUAACAUGUUGGAGGCUGUUUGUGAGCAACAUGACAAUAUGUCUGUCUUUUUAGAGAGAAAAGCCAGGUUGUUUUUUGAGCUGAUUUGAACUCUCGGUGAACUGUAGAAUACCUGAAAGUUAAUGGCUUCACUCAUCAACUUUCCAAGCAAGCUACACUCCUCUUGCAUUUACUGCUUUUUAGUUCGGAUUUGCAGUUUUCAUUUUUCUUCCUUGUCCUCCAAGCCUGAGCUUUGAUUUCCACCGACACAUCAUUGCACCCAGCCCAUCACACGCUGAAUUCCUGAACUCACCCUGACACUGCGGCAGUUUUGCAAUGGCCCCAGUAUGUCUCUGUCCUUCAGUGCAAAGGCUCAGGGAAAAAGGGACCAUCAUCACAAAAACUUUUAUGUCAAAGCUUGUGGUCAUUACCUUAAGGCUAUUGCUGUCAUGGAAAAUAAAAUGGGAUGGGUCCUUUCUCUCAUGUAUAAAAAAAACUGAUUCAUCUGUUGGAGAAUUAGAAUAUUAUUUUCCCACUGAUUUUCAGGGACUCUGUGUUUAAUACAUAGUUUGAAAGCAGAGAAUGGAAAAGAUGGUUCAUUUAAGAAAAGCUUCCAGCAAUCUGGACAUGCCUCAGAAGAAUCUCUUGUAUACCAUCAUUUUUUUUGGAAAAAGUCUUGAAAUUAUAUUGAACAGCCAUUUGUGCAUUUAUAUGUAAACCAAUUUGUAUUAAAUUCCUCCUAUAAUAACAGAGGAGUAACCCAUUUUAAAUUAGAGGGUUAAUACAACUAUUAAAGCAGUUUGGCAAAGCCUUUUCAAAAUGAA